AUGACCCUUCUUCGUAUUACUCCCAACAAAAUCCACACCGUGAUCCUGUACACUAUCAGCGCAUUGACACUCCUUGUCGGGACGAUGUUUGUCCUUGUCAGCAUCUUCGAAUGUACCCCAGUCGACUUUUUCUGGAAUCGCUUGACAAAAAGUGGCAAAUGUAUCGACCCCAAUGCGUUGGUGGGGAUAGCAUAUACAGCCAGCGUUGUGGCUGCGAUUGCCGAUUUUGUUCUCGGAUUAUUACCGUGCUUCAUAAUUUGGAAUUUGCAAAUGAAUUGGCGGACGAAGAUUGCCCUAGCGGGAAUCAUGGGCUUGGGCUGCAUUGCUGGUGCUACCGUCAUCGUCCGCAUACCGUACCUAUCCGCCUAUAAACAUGCAGACUUCUUGCACGCCACCCAUGCGGUGUCAAUUUGCUCGAAUAUCGAGACUGGCGUGGGUAUCACCGCCAGCUCUCUUGCGACCCUUCGUCCAAUUUUCCGUUUCCUGCGCGACACGACGUCCGGCUCUCGCAGUCGCAAACGCCCCACUGAGAACAGCUACCCAUUGUCGAGCGUUGCUAAUAAUAGUGACAAACAUCACUGGGCGGACACAACCGGGGGAUACCAUGGCAUGUCCACGACCAUUACCGGUCGUCAGCCGUCGAUGCAGAAUGUCAGUACAGAGAGCAUCACGCCGCUGUACCAGGGCAUGAAGGUCGAGCGUUCGUUCCAAGUCGAGCUUGCGUAA